AUGCAUUCUGUUCUCAUUUUUCUGAUCUCGUUUCUUGUAAAUAUUACUACAUGCUUCUAUGAAAACUCAUCGCAUUAUGUGCCAGAAUGGAACAAGUUUCUUGAUCAACAACAAAAACUAGUCAGCGAUUUGUUCGAAAAGUAUGAUAGUAGUAUUUCACCAGUAUACUCCAAAAUUGAUAUCAAUAAACCCAUUGGAUACAACCCAAUUGCUCCGAAACGGUACAACUACACUAUUUUUAUGUACAAUAUAAAGUUGGUAGAGGUUCUCGAGCCAGAGGAAAAGGUUUCAGUGGUCAUGGAAAUGGCUGAGCACUGGUAUGAUCCUCGUCUUGCCUGGAAUCCAUCACUCUACGAUGACAUUGAGAUGCUUCAUAUGAGACAGGAGAAAGUGUGGAGUCCAACUAUAAAUAUGUUUAGAAUAAACGACAUUGCUGAUUUUCGUGACCAAGAUUUUCGGAUGGUGUCUCUAGACAAUACUGGCCACAUCUACUCCUCUUUAUCUCUUCGAGUAUCCGUAAAUUGUCCAUUGGACGUCAGAAAGUUCCCAUUCGAUUCACAAACUUGUACCAUUCAAUUUUCAAUGCCCCUAUUUUUUAUUCAGUAUGUCGAGAUGUUCAGCCAGAUUUAUGAUGGGAUUUUGAACAAAACCGUUUGGAAGAGAAUGGGAAACUCUGAAUGGGACCUAGUAAAUUUAACAAAUCGAGUCGAAAUAUUGAGCUAUAACGACGGAAUUGGAGAUAUGCAAUUGGCAACUUUCGAGAUCAAAAUUCAGAGGAAUCCAUUGUAUUACAUUUAUAUGAUUGUUUUUCCUUCUUUUGUGAUCAAUGCAUUGUCGAUUGUUGGAGUUUUCAUGAAGAGGACAGAUAAGAUGUCAAAGCUCAACGUUGGUCUCACCAACAUUAUGACGAUGACCUUCAUCUUGGGUGUGAUGGCUGAUAAAAUUCCUAGAACCGGAUCGAUCCCAUUGCUUGGAAUCUACAUAAUCAUUAAUCUGUUCAUAAUGAUAGUCGCUGUUGGGAUUACUGUACUUAUGGGUAGCAUCCGGAAGUGUGCGAUUCCCCGAUUGAGAAUGAAGAAGACGGAGCUGCGUCAAUGGAUCGAGUGGGUUUUGGGAGACCCCAUGGAAACAAUAUGUAUGACUGUGCUGGGAACAAUCAACGCAUUGAAUUUCUUCGUGGUGAUUGUUUUCUGGAUAAGGGAUUCAUGA